GUCAAAACCACCGUCUCUUCUUCGUCGUCGAGCCGGGACUCUAUUUCAGGUCAUAGCUUUCCCGCUUCAGCUCCAUCGCCUUGCCUGAACACUAACAUACCGCCGUCGUAGGAACAUCCGCCGACAUCGCGGAAAAAGAGAUCAUCUCAGAUAUUGGACACGAGGUCCUUUCGAUCCUGCUUGGGUGCAGCGGGGAGAUCGAGAAGUUUCAUGUCGUUUUGGUUUCGGGGAGUUUUUAUUGUUUUGUAUGGCCUAUCACAGCAAAUUUCUUUCUGUUAAUCUCAACAAAUCCUACGGCAAACCUUCGGUUUCUUCGUCGCCGUCCUCCUCCGCUGCCGGUUACGGUAAUGGAGGCCCGCGAUCCGCUGUUGGAGGUGGUGCGAUGGUGGUGCUAUCUCGACCUCGGAGCUCCUCUGGGGCAACCGCCCAUAAACCUGCACAGAGGCUUGCUGUUCCGCCCCCCGUGAACCUGCCUUCACUAAGGAAGGAACACGAGCGUCUUGAUCCGGCUUUGUCAAAACCUUCAUCAGGCCAUGGAGGGUCUGGGCUGGGAAUUGGGAACAACUCUUCGAUGAGUUGGACCAAGCCGACUCCACCGAUGGAAGAUUCUAGUAUAAAGGCUGGCGGCUCAAGAUCUCUGUCAGCAGUGGAGCAACGAAGUUUUAGCAAAAACUCUCUGCCGCAAGGUUUUAUGGAGAAACCUGUUAUACUGAGAGGGGAGGAUUUUCCUUCUCUCAUGGCGACAUCUACCUAUGUAUCAAAGCAGAAGCAGAAGCAAGUUAGCGAUAACACUGAUGGGCUUGUAGAGAAAACCGAACCAUCUUCUGUGGUGGAUAUGAGUUCAAUUUUGAGAUCAUCACCUCAGAUCAAGAAGAAUGUCCAGGGCAGUGAAGGAGGAUCAAAACGGCUGGUUUUGGAUUCCCUGGAGCAAUCAAGGCAGGGGGCUGGUAAUUUUCCUGGUCCCCUCCCAAUUGUGAGACUGAGGCACACAUCUGAUUGGGAUGAUGAUGAGCGAGAUAGGAAUCAUGUUGAUCAUUAUGAUGAAGCUCGUAGUUCUUUGUCAAGGGAUAAAGAGUUUAUGGCCUUAAAAAAGGAAGAUCGAAAUUUUAGCUCUUGGAGGGUAACAGUUGAGCCAAACAGAGAAAUUCUGAGUUCCCGUGCACUGCAUGUUGAUAAGGAUCAUUUUAGUUCCAGAAAUUUAGCUAUGAGUAAAGGAACUGGCAAAGAAAGCAACUAUGAUCGAUUGGUUUCCAGUAUGGGAAUUGGGAAUGGAGGAGUUACAGAAGGUUCAAAUGACAGGGAUGAAGUUUCCAACAAUUGGCAAAGAGGGAAACCAUAUACAAACUCUAUGAUCUCUAGGGUUAAAGGUGGUUCUACAAAUGACUCUCUACAUAAUUUCACUAAAGAAAGUUUAAUGCCAAAUGUUGGGAGAUCUUAUGCUGAGGAUGCCAGUUGGGGAGGGAAGGAUACUUUUUCUAGUGAAGCCAUGUUAGAUUUGAAGGCUAAAGUGCUCAGAAAAAAGAAAGAAUCAGAGAAGCACACUGAUAUCUUUGACCCUGCAAGGGAAUCCUUUGAAGCUGAGCUUGAAAGGGUUCAACUGUUACAAGAGCAGGAGAGGCGGCGUGUGAUGGAAGAACAAGCUAGAGUAAUGGAGGCUGCUCGUAGAGAAGCUGAAGAGAGGGAGAGAGUGGCGAGGGAAGAGGAAGAGAGGAGACGGUUACUCGAAGAAGAGGCGAGGGAGGCUGCUUGGAGAGCUGAGCAAGAGAAGUUGGAAGCUGCAAGGAGAGCUGAGGAGCUAAGGAUUGCAAGAGAGGAGGAGAAGAAGAAGGUUCUCUUGGAGGAAGAAAGAAGAAAAGAAGCUGCAAGGCAAAAGCUGUUAGAAUUGGAAGCCAGAAUUGCUAGCAGGGAGGCUGAAGCUAAUGCCAAUGAUAGGAUGCAUGAAAGAAAUACUUUGAGGGAUUCUGAUCUUGCUAAGUGUGAGAAAACCGAAACAAUGUUGGAACACUCUUCCGACUCUCCCUUAUUCAAUCUGUCCAGCAUGAAUAGGUUAUCGGAAUCAGGGUUCCGGCCUCACACUUUGAGUGUUGAGAACCAUUCAUUUGUUCAACAUAGAAAGAACGAAAAUAACUAUUGUAAUACAAACAAUUCAACAAUUAAAUUCCAAGACCAGGAUGGAUUUUGCUCGAACAGAAACUUUCACCGGAAACAGUUUCAGGGCACUCAUGGACCAAAGCCUAUCACAUCAUCUUUUAAGAGAGGGGUGUCUAGUGAUCAGGCUCAAACUGGACAUAACUGGGAUAGAAACAGGGAUUUUGAACAAUUUAAUGGGAGAUCCAAAUUUGAUUCUAUGAUUGGUGGAUGGGAACAUGGUCAUUUUGAUGGAAGCCAGCUUGAAUCUUAUUCAGAAAGGUCUUUCCAGAGCAGUGAGGUGGGUGACUCGGCCUCUUUUAAUCGGGUUCGCCAUUCUGUAAGGCAGCCUCGUGUUCCUCCGCCUCCAUCCAUGUCAUCUUCAAUUCAUAGGAAUGCUCGUGGAGCUGCGUCAGAUGGCCCAAAUUCAUCAUUUUCAGUGCACGGUGAUGCAGGAAUCAAUCAAACAAUCGGAGAAGAAGAAUCUGAUGUUCGGAUUGAUUAUCAUUGUGAUUAUCAUCAAAGAAUCAUAGACUAUGGAGUGGAGCCCAGAAUACCUGAAUUGAUGGAAGAACCUGCUUGUUCUUCGUUGCAGACAGAGGAGAAGAAUAGCCCAAGAUAUGAUUCUCAGUCCUCUCUGUCAAUCUCUAAUCCACCUAGUUCGCCUACCCAACUUUCACAUGAUGAAUUUGAUAAUUGCGGAGCUGCUGAAGAGGAAAAUAUGAUCUUUUCUGAGGGCAAAUCCAUGAUUCCAGAAUUGGAUGCUGAGAAAGAUGAUGCAGAGAAUAUACAUUUAUCCCAUGGUGAAGAUGAUGACUGGGCUAUUAACAAUGAAAAAACUCAAGAUGAAGAAGAAGAGGAAGAUCAUGAUGAAGAUCCAGAUGGUAACCAGGAAGAUAAUGAGGUUCAUGAAAGCUAUGCUUGGAAGCUUCAAAUGAAAAAAAAGCACGAAGACUUGAAUGUUGUUGUUGAGAAAUCAGUGGAAAUAGGAGCUUCUGGACAUUUUUUUCUUAACGAGGAUUCCAAAUAUCAGGAAAAUACUGGCAUGAAUGCGGAACAUGUUAGUGAUUCCACAGCAGAGCGUGUUUUUGCUGAGAAAAUUUUGAACGCCUCUGCUGAAAUCAAAGAAGAAACUGUUAAGGAGCAGGAAGAUAUGAUUUUCGGCCUCGCAACAACUGCUGAUCAUCCUACUGACAGCAUCAGAGCAUCGAAAAACUCAGGCCAAAAUCCUAUUGUGGCAGUAUCGCGCUCGCCAUUGCCUUCAUCAUCAUCGCCUUGCUCCGUCUCAGACUCCUUAGUUCCUCCUACACCUUCUGAUCAGAAUGAUGAACCCGCCAAGCUUCAGUUUGGACUAUUUUCUAGUCCUCCAUUGAUACCUUCUCCAAUCCCCACCAUUCAAAUUGGUUCAAUUCAGAUGCCAAUUCCUUUAAAUGCACAGAUAGAUUCUUAUACUCAUAUUCACCCAUCACGUACUCCACUUUUUCAGUUUGGCCAGAUAUUAUAUACACCGUCUGCCUCUCAAAAUGUGGUGCCUUUAGCUGCAACUGUCUCGUCCUAUGCACAUCGUUUACCUUCAGUUCACCAUCUUAUUAAUGAUGACCAUGGAAGCUCUUCGAAGAACCAAGCAGGUCAAGUUUCUACUACAGCAAAGGGCUUGGAGAAAGAAAAUUAUGCUCCUUCAGCAGAAAAACAACCUGUUUGUGCUCCAGGGAUCACUGAUCCAUCUCAAAGUAAUUUGGAUUCUGAGCGGUCUGCUGCAUUAUUAGAUGUACCAAGGGAUGAUCUUAUUUCGAAGAGACGGAUAACUUCUGGUGUUUCUGAUGAGAAGAAAGAUUUUCACAACUUUAUUUCCGGUUCAGGUAAUUCUGAAGCUAUUUCAAAUAAGAACUUUAAAUCCAUGGUUUAUUCUAAACGGGCACGAGGCAGACCACCUCUGGAUUCAUUUUCUUCAGCUAGAAAUUCUGAUAUUAAAGGGAACAGAAUGAUAUACAAUGUAAGGAAUUCCGGUACUUUAUCAUCUUUUGCGAGGACAGAAGCCUCAUAUGGAAAUUCAAAUCGGUUUCAAAGAAGACUUCGAAGGCAUAUUCAAGGGACUGAAUAUAGAGUUAAGGAGAUUGGAACAAAGCAAAUAAAUUUCACUGAGAGUUUUAACUACAGUAGCUAUAAUGUGAAGCCCAAUUCUGAUCACAGUCUUGUGGGGAUUGCCUCAAGAAAUGUGGGUAGGAAGGUGGGUGUUAUGAAUAAAUCAAAAAAGCUGAUGAAUGAAGAGGCAUCCCUUUCUGGUUUACAAGACAUUAAGAAAGAAACUUUGCAGGCCAGCAUGGCUGCUUCAAGCGAUUUUGCUGGCAGCAAAGAAAAUUUAAAUAAAAACGGGAUUCUACUGGAUGAAAUUGAUGCUCCUUUGUUGAGCGGUGUUGUCAGGGUUUUUAAUCAACCUGGAAUUGAAGCUUCUUCUGACGGUGAUGGCUUUGUUGAGGUGAGGUCUAAAAGGAAGAUAUCGAAUGAACGGCGAGGGCAGAGGGAGAGAGAAACCAAUUCCAAGCAUAAGGCUACAAGGGUACCUCACAGGCAUCGCAGUAGUUUUCCAAAUAAUGGAAUUGCUUAUAAACCCGAUCCGGUUACGACUUUGGCAGUCGAAGCUGCUGCAAAAAACGUUCGUUCUGAUCCUGUGAUAGCACGAACAAAGCCAUCGAUGGAUCUGGACGCUGCAAAGUUAACCACUACGAACAUUACAUGCCAGACAAUAGCAUCUUUUGUCAGUUCUAACGUGAAUUCUGCUGAUUAUGAUUCAAAAUUUGAUAGUUUUAAGUCCAGUCGCACGGCUUCUGAUUUCACCCGAGCUAAUGAUGGAGCAAAUGUUGAGCCAAGCUUGUACUUUGGUAACAGUAUUGUUGCCCUUGAUAAGGCUUCAGUGCCUUUAGGUACCUGGGGAACUGUUCACUUGAGUCAGCCGGCAGCUACCUCAAUCCAGUCUCAACUUGAGGAGACCUCAAAUCCCGUGCAAUUUAAUCCAGUUGUAGCUGCUGAAGUUUCUUCGGAUGACAAGAAGCAUGUGUCGACUAGUCUGACGAAGGAAAGGCUAUCAUUUUCCUCCGGGAAUUUGCCCAACUUCCCAUUUGAUGGGGAGAAAAUUCAGUUUGGUGCUGUCUCGUCGCGUCUCCACCUCUUCCUCCUCCCAGCCAAGCUGCGCCAAGUGGAAUAUGGUCCCCUGGAUCUGUUAUACUAUUCAUCAAUUGUUCACAAUUUACCUCGCAGUGAGAGAAAUUUUUUUGAUAAAGAGAAGAGCCAUAGUGAGUCUUGUACACAUCUGGAUGAUAAUGAGGCAGAAGCAGAAGCUGCUGCUUCUGCUGUUGCUGUUUCUGUAAUUACUAAUGAUGAUAUUACUGCUUCUACGGUAGGCACGGACUCCAUUUCUGGCAUUGGAACAAAGGGGAUAAGCUGUCCAGAUGCGAUUAGCUACACGAAUACAACUGGCCAACUCGCAAGCAAAGAGUCGUUGAUUGUUACUCUUCCAGCGGAUCUUUCUGUUGAUACCCCGCUCUCAUUGUAUCCCCCUUUACCAACCAUUCAAUCUCCUCGCCCCAUCCUUUCUAAUGUCGGCACGACGCAACAUUCCCAUUUUCCUUACUUCGAUACAAACCCCAUGCUAGGUGGACCCAUAUUCACCUUCAGCCCCCAGGACAAAUCGAUCGUAGCUCAGGAACCACAACAACCGAGUUCAACUUUUGUUUCGGGGCCCACCGGCACUUUCCCGCAAUGCCAUUCUAACGUUGAAUCGUCGUUCUAUGGGUCUCCGGCAGGGUUUCCUGCUCCAUUUAUGAGUUCCCCCGCUGGACUUUCCGGCAUUCAUGGCCAUCCGCCGAUGGUCUUUUACAAUCACUUUGCCCCGAUUGGGCAGUUCGCUCGAGUCGGCCUUAGUUAUAUGGGCGGCACUUACCUGCCCUCUGGGAAGAAGCCGGAGUGGAAACACACCAGAGAUGGCGCGACAGCGACGAAUGCGAGCAAGGCUGAUCCCGGAGAUCUAAACGUUGUUUAUGGACAACAAAAUGUGGCCCAUGCGGCUAAAUCGAUUCAGCAUUUGGCUAAUGGAUCAGGAUUCAUGCAAGUAAAUUCGCCCUUUACUCUGUUCAAUCUUCGACCCUUCCAGUCCUCAACAGAGAUACCUGUUCCAGCCCAAUGGCCACCCAUCCCACACCCUCAUUCUCCCAAUCCUAUCCAACUCCCGACGCCGCCUGAACGGCCCAAUAUCGCUUCUCCCAAUCCGCCUCGUUCCGCCGCCAUCGAUCUCCCUGACGAGCUCAAUCUCAUCGAAUCUUCGACCGCCAACUCUAUCAUUUCAGGAGAUCGUUCGACGAACGGCAAAAAUGAUUCGAGCGGAAUUAUUCCAGAUCCAGCUCAUAAGCCAGGAGGAUCUCCUCCUCCUCAGAAGAUCAGUGCUGGGAGCCAAUAUGGCCGAAGAAACACAUUUAAUAGAAAGUAUGGGAGCAACAAUGCAUCUAAAGUGAGACAAAUAUAUGUUGCCAAAUCUCAGCUAACCAGUUCUGGAGCCUCAAGCUGAAGUCUUUUUUUUUUUUUUUA